AUGUUUCUUCUCUUACAGGGCAUAACUGGAGACCUAAUCAUCGAUAUCGUUGAAGAGUUUUUAGAUUCCGGACAGCUUUUGGCGAUGCAAGCAGCUCAUCAGAUGUUGAAACCGAUCAGCUCAGUUAUACGAAAGGAACUGGUCCAGCGGUGCCAAGGACUUCAGGUAAAGACGAAGGGGCUUCUUUCACAGUUGGAUCAACAAGAGAUUGACAAAAUUUCGGAAUCGGAAAGUAUCGUGGCAUGUCUAUCAGAAAAGCGUUCUCAAGAACCAGCUUUAUCAAACGCAGAUCACUUCGUGAAGAUGAUGCGCACCUGGAACAAGGGCAUCUCAUUUCCCAAAGAGGCCCGUCUCCCGCUUCAUCUUGAGGAACUGCGCAAUCCCAAUGACAAGGGCCGUUGGUGGCUUGUCGGUUCAGCCUUCCAUGGGGAGGCGUUGAAAGGCCAGAACAACUCUGAGGGUAUCUCAUCGCGGGUACCGGAUGCGUCGGUCCUAACAAAGGAGGUAACGGGCAAGUUCUCCUCUCCUGUCAGACCUAACCUCCUCCUAGUCGAACUUUCAUUAGUUUCUAAUAGGCACGAGUUGCCAGAGGGUCCAGCUGAUUAA